AUGUCCAUAAAGACACAUAGACACAUGGGUGGUUCAUAUAUAAAAGGAACAGAUACCCAAGACUUUUCUGAUGUGGACAUAGUUCUUUUUAGCAAAGCUUUUGCCAGUUUAGAAGACUGCCAAAGGACAACUCCAGAGGUACUAGAAGAGUUAGGAAAUGCCCUGAUAAAAUCCUCAUGGACAAACAGGUUAGUCAUGCAGAAACGGACAAAAUUUUCCCUAAGGUUCUAUUUUCAGUGUUAUAAAAAUCACCAUGGCCACUCAUUUGACAUCAUGCCUUGCUAUGACAUGCUUGCAUCUAUGUUAUCAACAGGUUUAAAAGAGAGCUUUUACCACAAGCUGUACCUUUGCAGUGAUGAUGAUAAGAUCCAGCUGUAUACCAUGGCCUUAUUGAAGUACCAAGUUGAAUUUGUCAAAGCAUCAACAGAGAGAGUGAAGGACUUCAUACGUUUAAUGAAGCACUGGUUCAAAACUUCAUUUGCUGAACCAACCAAAGAAAAUAAGUUUCGCAGGCUUCCCUCCUCCUAUACAAUUGAACUGAUCACCAUUUAUGUCUGGGAGCUGGCUGGAAAGCCCAUCUUUUUCAGCUUUGUACAGGGAAUGAGAGCUGUUCUGAAGCUUUUGACUCAGUAUCAAGUGAUAUGUAUCACAUGGCACAAACAUUACAGACCAAAUUUUCCAAUUUUCCAGAAGAUGUUUUUGAAGCAAAGCAGGCCAUUUGUGCUGGAUCCUGUUAACCCAACCUUCAACUUGUGUGAAAAUAGCAAUGCUUGGGAUGAAGUAGCCCAUGUGGCCAGACAGAGUCUCCUCAAGCCCCUCUUCAAUGGCAUAGCAGCAAGGGAGCCUUGGCUUUUUUCAAGCAACUGGUGAACUCAAAUAACAACAGUGGAACCUAUAAUUAGGUGGGAUUGUCUGGACUGUGCUUGAUAAACAAUAUAUUGUGAUAGUGGAGAGGUGAAGAGCUAAUCAGCCAAGAUUACUGCUAAAUCAUAUGCUAAGCCAUGCACUUGAGUAUUAUUCUGACACUUCCAGCAUUGAUUUGGCAUUGUGUUGAUGUAGCACAAAGGUGUUUCUGCUGCUAGGUAUCUACAAAGCCUGUUUUAGUGUUGGAACUUUGAAUAAGAUGUGUAGUUAUUUCAGUUGCUGUUCAGAGAUAUUGCUUUCUUUUUCUGAUUUGAAGAGGAAAGCAAUAUAGUCUAGCAAAACAACGCAGUCAUUUGAUUCCCUAUUCAGAGGCAACAAGUCUGACAUGUUAGUUGCCUAACUAGUAAAUUAGACCAAAGUUGGCUUCUUUCACCUAUCUGAG